UAGCCGUUCUCAUCCUAAAGCCCUAAAUUUCCAUCUCUCGCCCUCUGCUCUCACGAAUGCGAUCGAUCCAUCCAGGCGGCGGCGGCGGAGGAGGGUCGCGGCAGUAAAGAAGAAGAAGAUCGAUCAUGGGAGCUUGCUUCGGCAAGAAAGAUUGCGAGGCGACGGCGGCGUGCGUGGUGCCGGUAUCGUGCCAUCCCUACAGGUUUGGCAAUGGCGUAGUGCUGCGAUUGUUUGGCGUGGAGCUCUGCCCCUUCACGGCCCGGAUCCGGAUCGCGCUCCUCCACAAGGGCCUGAGCGUGGAUCCAAUCUGGGUGCCGCCCGAGGGUUUGCAAUCCAGCAAGAAGCUCGAGUGGCUCGAAUCCGCGUGCCCGGAUGGCGAUGUCCCCAUCCUCCAGCACGGCGGCAGCGUCAUCUAUGGAUCCGCCGACGACAUUGUGGACUACAUCGAGGCCACCUUCCGCGAUCCGCCGCUCUUGCUCGAGGGAUCGGCCGGGAUGGAUGUCCGCGACUGGGUGGAAUUCGUGCGAGACGAAUUCUCGCCGCUCGUCGGCCAGCUACUCUACGACGCCGAUCCGGCAGUCCAGCAAGAGGGCAGCGCCAAGAUCGACACGGCGUUCGCGAGACUGGACAGGGGGCUGUGGGAGCACGGCAAAGAUGGACCUUACUUCUUUGGACAGGAGUUUAGCAUGGUGGACGUCUAUCUCAUCCCUUUCCUGGAGCUUGUCCGGCCGCUGGGCCUCUUUCGAGGGAUCGAGAUUCGAGCAGUCCACUCCAAUCUCCUGGGCUACUACAAGCGAAUGCCGUUCUUCCCGAGCUACGCUCCCGUGAGGAUGGAUCCAGACUUGCUGGAGAUGUCGGUCUCCAAGGCGAUCGACGAGAGAACUUGCCCGGCGGUGGCGAGCUUGUGCUUGCUCCAGCACCGGAGCAUUCUUUUUCACGUCGAGAAGGUGGUGAAGAUCUCUGAGGAGCUGGCCGCGACCAAGGUGAACUCCAGCACCAUCUCGCCCGUCAAGGCAGGGCUGGCGAUGAAGAUCAAGAAGCUCUCGUCCGAGUACUUGCGGCUGGUGGAGCUGAUGCAAGAGCACGCACAGAUGGAGGAGAGAACCAUGUUUCCAGUGUUGGAGAACGCGGACAAAGGACUGACCGAGCUUGUGCACGCUGAUCACGCUAGAGAUUUACCAAUCAUGAAUGGGAUUCGCGAGGAUCUGAAGUCUGUCCUGGCGUUACAACAGGGCAGCUGCGUCCAUAAUGAAGCUCUGGUCGCGCUAGCAACUCGGCUAAAAGUGUUCCAGGAGAGCACGCGAGAUCACUUCGACGAGGAAGAGCGCGACAUUCUUCCUCUGCUCGAGACUGUCGGAUUCGGAAGCAAGCAGCAGGACGCAGCGAUAGAGAGCUGCGUGAUCAUCAUGGAAGCCGCGCAUGGACGCUUGCUUCCAUACUUGCUCCAGGGAAUGCCCGCUCACGAGAUGUACCAGUACUUGAGAAUCGUCCAGAAGCCGUUCCAGGAUCCGGCUUCGCCGUCGUCACAUGUCCUCGAGAGCAUGUUUCGAUCGCUGCGCAAUGCCGACGACGAGUAUGAGUCGGUGUGGAAGCUCGUCAAGGAGAGGAUGCCGGGGCUUUGCAAGCUCGAGGGUGACGAGAAGAAGAUCGUGAGCGAGAAGAGAAUCUCGACGAGUAGCAAUCUGGAAGUACACUUUGCAGCAGCAGCGUGAAGAAGAGAGUGAGAACUUAAAAAAAAAAAAAAGAAAACAGUGAAAGAACCUGUGUGUAGAAUACCUAUAGGAGUGAUGCCGACUGUACAUUGGAAUCGAAUAAAUUGCAAAGCUUACUUUUCUAGAA